AUGGACUCAUUCACAACAUACCCCAUCCCAGACGGUGUCGAUGCUAUUCCUCAUGAUGAGCUAGAUCUCCGAUCUGACGCGGAAGUGGAUUAUGAGCUUCUUAAUCCCAAGCCGAUAACAGACGAGAAGAACCUGUGGUUCUUUUGGAAUAGCGGAUUCCAGAAAAUGCACGGCUACCAUCAACGCACUGUACGAAACUGGCACAGGCGAUUCUCCAGAAAAGGCUGGGUUGUGCGCCUCUUAGAUGUUGAACCGGGCUCCUCUUUGAACGUGGCAAACUAUCUCGACGUACAAGAUCCAGAAGUAUUUCCAAAGGCCUUCGCAGAGGGCACCAUCGGCGGCCGCCAUGUGAACCAGCACAUUUCAGAUCUUGUGAGAUUUCCUCUACUGUUAAGAUACGGCGGCGUCUACGCAGACGUCGGUUUAGUUCAAAUCGGAGAUCUCGACAGCGUAUGGAACGAAACAGUCGGAAACCCAGGCUCUCCAUUUGAGAUUUUGACAUAUAAUACGGGUAGCGCCCAGGAUCGCAGCAUGACAAACUACUUCCUGGCUUCGAGACGAAACAAUCCCUUCUUUCGCAGGUGCCACAAGCUUUUACUCACACUAUGGGCGGGAAAGACAAGCACUGAGGGGAUGCACACAAGCCCUCUACUAAAAGGACUCCCCCUUAUGGACACCGGACUUUCGAUGGAGGAGGAUGGCAUCACGUAUGGACGUGAAGAAACUGCAAAGAUGUUGACAGACUACAUCAUCCAGGGACAUGUCGUCACCAUGGUCAUGGGCCUCAUUGAUGUGGAAGAUGGCUGGGAUGGCCCCAAAUACGUCGCAAAGCACGUUUACGCAUACGAUUACAUGAUUGGAUCCCAGCAUAUCAACGAACUUACCGCAUGGAAUGGCCCGAAACAAUUCGAACUCAUGUCUUUACAGAUACCAAAGGAUGGUGAAGAAGAAAGCGAAGAUCAAAGUCUUGCACGCAAGAUUGUCGAGGAUUGCCUUACUAAAAGCUUUGGCAUGAAACUGGCAACAGGAAUGAUCAUUAGAGUCAUGGGAGACACUUUGAGCUCUCUUUGGAGGAAACACGAUGGUAGCGACAACGUUCCUGGCACAUACGCGCAUUGGCUGAGACAUGGUACUCUAUACUGGCAUCCUAAAAAUCACCCGGCAAAAACGGACCUCGCCGAGAUGCCAGCAUUCAAGAUUGGCCCACUACUACGAGAAGGAGAGGUUGGCCCUGGGGCUUGUGCGGCAACAAGUGGAGGUCGCGUACCAAACUAA